GGCGAAACACAACAAAGAAUCAGUCGGUCAUACAUGCCCAUGUUGAUCAGACGUGCGCGCGCGACUGCGAUAACUGUUUCUGAAUUUGGAUAUUCUAUGAGAAUCAAGCAGGCUUGACUGCUAAAUUUAUGCGCAUACAAAUUACGUCAACAUUUUAACAGACAGUUCAUACAAGAAAAAAUAAAACAAGAUGUUUUCAACGGCAAGAAGUUUAGAGAAGAUCGUCCAGAUUUACAAGAAUGAAGUCCGCCGGCAGAUCAGCAAAACUACCAGCGUGACAAACUCUGAUGCCAUGGUUCCGAAGUUGGACCAACCUACCAAUAAGCAUCCGGGCAACGAUGAAACCGGACUCCCAAAGAAGCUGCUCAAACUGCAGAAAUACCACAGAUUCCUGUCGACCCUGACACCCCAGCAAAUGCCCCUGGCAACCCGUGGACUGGCCGUUCCCAAGGACCAGUCCAGGGAGUUCAUGGCUUGCUUCCCGGACAUCGUGAGGGACCUCACGGAGACUGGGAAGCAUCUUGACGUGCCGGAAGCCAGCAAAUGGUUGGCUAAGCUUUUGCAAUACAACGUGCCAAAUGGGAAGAAAAAUCGAGGGCUGGCUACCGUGAUGGCCUACAAAAUGUUGGAGAAACCGGAGAACCUUAGUCGAGACAACGUAUAUUUGGCCAACGUCAUGGGAUGGUGCACCGAAAUGUUCCACGCGCAUCAAUUGCUCAUGAACGACAUCAUAGAAGGUCGCGAGAUGCGACGCGGCGCCCCCAGCUGGCACAGCCGCCCUGAAGUCGGCCUCAACGGCAUCAACGACGCCAUCUUAGUCCAGUCUGCCAUGUACUCGACCCUCAAGAGGCACUUCAGCGCCAAGCCCUACUACAAGAAUGUCAUCGAAAUGUUUAACGAGAUGCUCCUGAAAUGCUCCACCGGCCAGUAUUUAGAAAAAUCAAUGAUGAAAGGCGACAAGCCCGACCUUGAGAACUUCACAAUGGAGAAAUACCUGACGAUCGCCAAGUACAAGGUCGCGUACCACACGUUCCAAAUGCCUGUGGGGCUGGCUCUGCUCAUGGCUGGAAUUGAUGACCCGGAAACGCAUAGGCAGGCGAAGACUAUUUUGCUGGAAAUGGGGCAGUUCUUCCAGAUCCAGGAUGACUUUCUUGAUUGCUUUGGCGACCCAGCAGUCACAGGCAAGAACGGCACCGAUAUCCAAGAAGGCAAGUGCACUUGGCUGGCGGUGGUAGCAUUACAAAGAGCAUCCUCAACCCAGAAACAAGUCAUUGAAGAACACUAUGGCAACUCAAACCCCCAAAGUGUAGAGAAAAUUAAAGAUCUGUAUGAAUCCCUCCAGCUCCCCCACACAUACUCCGUGUAUGAAGACACUACGUAUGAUCUCCUUAGAACACAAAUACAACAGGUCACAAGAGGCCUACCUCACGACUUAUUCUUCAAAAUCUUGGACAACAUUUUCAGGCGACAAAUAUAAAAGAAAAAGCUGGACUUUUUUUAUUACUUAAUAAUGUUUUUGUUGAUUAUGAAUUGACAAAAUGUAAUGUAAUUAUUAACUUUAUAUAUAGCUGGAGCAUUUUUAUAAAU